GUGAGUUCCGGUAGUUCUGAAGCCACAUUAGUUGGGAAUGGCACUUCAUCUGCAGUGAGUGGGUCAACAAACCACGAAAGUGUGGGAAGUACAGAUACAAAGACGAAUACCACUACCACCACCACAACAACAACAACACUUCCUCCUNAAUCUGCUCCUGGGAUUGGUUCUGGUUCUGGUACUGAUGAUACCUCUUCUUCUUCUGCUCAUUCUACUGCAUCUCCUCCACCUGCUGCUUCUGCUCCUGCUGGUGACCCUCAACAUGGAAACAGCGACAACCAUGCAUCCACUGCAGCAGAUAACCAGGGAACUGAGGGAACACAACCUUCUUCUUCUUCCACCAGCAGUUCAGAAACAGUGAGUUCCGGUAGUUCUGAAGCCACAAUAGCUGGGAAUGGCACUACAUGUGGAGAGAAUGGGUCAACAAACCACAACAGUGUGGGAAGUACAGAUACAACGACGAAUACCACUACCACCACCACAACCACC